UAGAGCCUUUUUCCACUUCCCAUGCGCCGCGCUCGCCCCUAGCGCCUCCGACAGCCCGCCAGCCCGCCAGCCAGCCAGCCGCCAGUCGUCAGCCGCCUCGGCACAACAAACUCUCGCACGGUGCCCUUGUAAUACUAUGUGUUUCUGAACGAUACGCGAGGAAGAACGACGACGCCUCUCGCACAUCACGCAUUUUACAACUGCGUUCAAAGGAACAAGUGACGUCUCUCUGAACUAAGUACAACUGACCUGAAAAUAAAGAGGAGUUCUUUAAAUUAACUGAAAUUGAAUAAUGUGGUCGGGCACGGGCCCGGUGGGUGUGCACAAGCUGCUGUGUACUUAGUAGCAGGGGAUGCGCGUGUGGUGGAGGGCCCGGGCGGCGCUCAGCAUGCGCGUGUGCUGUGUCACGACAGUGCUCGCGGCGCUGGCGCUGCGCUCAGCGGCUGAGUCAACUCCGCGGCGCUAUCCUACCGAUUGGCGGGCCGGACGUGAGCUGUCGCACUCGCGUCCGCUUAACGAGCUGUUUGAACCUGAGGGGGCGCCCACAGACGCGGAGCGAGAGUACGCGCCGCGCCAACCGCCACCUCUACCGCCCGGCGCUUUGCAUAAGGAGCGUCGCCGCUCGCGCAAUAAUAAGCGCGCUCCCCAUCUGCCUUCGGAAAUCGCUAGUCAAAUGAUGUUACGGGCCUCCCGCUCUAGUCGGCCCUAUGAUGUGCCCCAAAUAGAGUGCCCUCCGGCUGCUGAUGGCAUGGAGAGGUUCGCAUGCCCAACACCAGAUCGGCAAGGGCGCUAUCGUUGCAUCGACGAUCAUGUGCUUUGCGACGGCUUCAUCGACUGUCCUAGCGGAGAAGACGAAGACCGGCAAGCUUGCAUGUUCUACAAAACGACAAAGGCCCACCUGGAUGUUUUAGCCGAUGCGCUGUUGCGGUGGGCGCGUGGCCGCUAAGAACAGCAAUUCCCUGGACCCCGACCCUUUUUAGUGCUCCAACAUUCCGCUAGUGCUAUACGGACCUAAUGUAAACAAACGAACGAUCUGCCCAUGUGCUCCCAGGCGUUCAGUGAUAGCUGCAAACUUUCACUCAAUAUUACUAGGGCGCAACCAGUCAAGGUUACUCGUAGAUGCGUUGAGCGUAAUGAAACAUAUCAAGUAGUGGUGCAGCAUAUGCCAUAACAAGACCACUUAAAGUGUAUAGUGUAAGGUUUCCGGUAGCAAACAGACGCGAAAGGGAUAUUACGUGCGUGCACGCAACGUAUGUGAUGCAAAAGAAGUGAUGCGAUCUGGUUUCGUCCCAAUAUUACACCUCUCCGCAGCUGAUUUAUUUUCCAAGUAUUUCGUACCUUCUAGCACUUAUUAAACUAAAAUGUGAGACUGGUAGUCGACAUUGUUAGUCGUAGAACAUAUACAUACUUUAAUAAUUUAGAAUGAUAGUUCUUCAUUUGACGAAGCAUAAAUGUUUAUGUCGAUUUGUUGAAAUAUUUAUUCACUUUAUGUACUUAUCUAAUUAAGUUAUGACAUACCUUAUUAUAAUGAGGGUUGUAAAAUAAAAUAAGAAGUCUAUGAAUGUGUACAUAGGUAUACAUAAUUAAAUUAUUUUGUUUUAAUUAUUCGGCCUAGAUUUGGCAGACGGCGGCUGUUGUCAGUUUUCAAACAACUGUAAUCAGUCGCCAGGGCCAAGAGUGUCUUUACUACUUCUUCGUACUUGAUGUUUGAUAUUAUUUUCGUCAAUGACACUUUAAGUUACGUAUAAGAGUAUGAAUUAUAUAUGUAUUUAAACAAACGUGGAAUAUUAAAGUACCUAUAGGCAGCUAUUAUUGUUAUAAAUAGUCAUUCAUAUACAUAACACCGAGUUAUUAUGCCCAUUUCAUAAAUAUAUUGCAGUAUAAGUAAAAAAUGUUGCUAAAAUAUCUACUAAAACGAUUCUAGUCAUUAAUCAGUUCCUAACUGUUAUUGUUCAUUAUGACAUUCCGUUAGUCUAUCAUGAAUUCUAUUGCGUAUUUCCUAAGCAUAAUUUUACUAGAAGUACUUAUAAUUUGUUUAUUUAGGUCUUUAAAUGACUUGAUACUUAUUAUUCUAUUUUGGUAUGUUGUAUGUCUUUUUAGACAUGUUUAAUAUCAUUUUAUAAAUAGUUACCUACUUAGUACCCAUCUAAUAUUAUAUUAUAUUAAUAUAGGUGUCUAUAUAUACAUACCAAAGUAAGUAAUUGUGAAUUCAUUGGCAUUAAGAUACCAAAUUGUACUACAAAAAAGUUGGGAUGAAUCUAUCUGUCUUUAGGACAUGAAUUUUUGAGAAUAUUCCAAUCUUGACUUCUAUAAAGUAGGGACUGAAAACCAAGUGCAAUAUGCUUAGGCCUCAUUUACUUGAGUAGUUACGUGAUUUAAUCUUCAAAGAAAAUAUGUUUUGCAAAUGAUUGUCUCAUAAAUAAAAUGAAAAAUAAUAUCUAUAUGAAUAUACAAAGCAUUAUCUAAACAUUAUAAAUUAUAUAUAUUUUACAGUAAUAGUAUCAAUAUAGUGAUUCUCCAAUAAUAAAUUUUAAAGCCAUUGACUUGGAUAUUACAACAAUUCAGUAGUAAUUUUCCACUUUCUUCUCUUCGACAACAUUAUUACAUGUUAUAUCAUAAAAUUUAACAAUAUUGUAACGGGUAUGUUUAAAUUUUAAUUCAAUUAUGUGAGGACUGCCCUUAAUGUAAAUUUCUU